AGGUCGUUUUUGACUGUAUUUUACUACAAAUACAGAAAUGGGAAUUAAUAUUAGCUCUCUUCUCGCAUACUACUUCGGAAAUACCGAAGUGCGCGUUUUGAUGGUUGGCCUAGACGCAGCAGGGAAAACGACUAUCCUCUACAGAUUAAAAUUGGGAGAGGUUAUUACAACAAUUCCUACAAUUGGAUUCAACGUAGAGACGGUCGAGUAUAAAAACAUCACCUUUCAUGUUUGGGACGUGGGAGGUCAGGAUCGCCUUCGUCCACUUUGGCGCCGUUACUAUGACGGAGCCGAUGGUGUCAUCUAUGUUGUCGAUUCCAACGAUCGCAACCGGAUCAAUGAUACAAAAAAAGAAUUUUUAAGCCUGCUGUCUAUUCCGGAAAUGGCAAAUGCAGCAGUCCUCGUUUUUGCCAAUAAACAGGACUUGGCUCACGCGUAUUCAGUCGCUGAAAUCACAGAAAUUAUGCAAAUCUAUAGCAUUCCACAGAGAAAAUGGCAUGUUCAAGCAUGCUGUGCAGUCGAUGCAAGUGGCUUGUAUGAAGGGUUAGAUUGGCUCUCAUCGGCUAUCAGCAGCCGCAAAUAAUACAGAUUCAAACAUAUCCGACCCAGUAGAUAGAACAGGCACCUCUACACCCUUCAUAAAAAGGAGGAAACCUUUCUCUGCAAUCGUUAAUUCGCAUAUGAAAAAAAUCUUUGAGAAUCUCCUCUUCACACAUAAAUACAUAAUAAAUAUAAAUUACAAGGAAAUUUACG